GGCCGCCACAGCUGAGCCAAGAUGGCGAGCGUGAGGAAGGUGCUGCCGCGGCGAGCGGUGGGCUGGGCGUCCCUCCGGGCUGUCAGCACAUCAUCUAUGGGCACCUUUCCAAAGCAGGUGAAGAUUGUGGAAGUUGGUCCCCGAGAUGGUCUACAAAAUGAAAAGAAUGUUGUCCCUACUGCCGUGAAGAUCAGGCUGAUCGACAUGCUCUCUGAAGCAGGGCUUCCUGUCAUAGAAGCCACCAGCUUUGUGUCUCCCAAGUGGGUUCCUCAGAUGGCUGACCACACUGAAGUCUUGAGGGGCAUUCAGAAGUUUCCUGGCAUCAACUACCCGGUCCUGACCCCAAACAUGAAAGGCUUUGAGGCAGCGGUGGCUGCCGGAGCCAAAGAAGUAAGCAUCUUUGGUGCUGUCUCUGAGCUCUUCACCAAGAAGAAUGUCAACUGCUCCAUAGCCGAGAGCUUCCAGCGCUUUGAUGGAAUCAUGAAGGCUGCACAGGCCGCCAGCAUUCCUGUGCGUGGGUACAUCUCCUGUGCCCUUGGAUGUCCCUAUGAAGGGAAGAUCUCCCCAGCUAAAGUCGCUGAGGUUGCCAAGAAGCUGUACUCCAUGGGCUGCUACGAGAUCUCCCUGGGGGAUACCAUUGGUGUGGGCACCCCAGGACUCAUGAAAGACAUGCUGUCCGCUGUCAUGCAAGAAGUGCCUCUGGCCGCCCUGGCCGUCCACUGCCAUGACACCUAUGGCCAAGCCCUGGCCAACACUUUGAUGGCUCUGCAGAUGGGAGUGAGCGUUGUGGACGCAUCUGUGGCGGGACUUGGAGGCUGCCCCUAUGCACAGGGGGCAUCAGGGAACUUGGCCACUGAGGACCUGGUAUACAUGCUCUCAGGCUUGGGCAUUCACACGGGUGUGAACCUCCAGAAGCUCCUGGAAGCUGGGGACUUUAUCUGUCAAGCCCUGAACAGAAAAACCAGCUCCAAAGUGGCUCAGGCGACCUGUAAACUCUGAGCCCCUUGUCUACUGAGGCCCCUUGGACUUCAUGGGAGCAGGACGUGCGUGGGUGAUUUCAGAAUGAGGGACUGGAAAUGAGUAUAAAAUAAAAAGGAGUGGGUACUUCACAGGCCGCUCUGCACUGAGGUGUCUCCUGCCCUCAGGCCAGACCUGAAGAUCAGCGCAGCCUCCAUUCACCAGGCCCCAGAGCUCAGGAGCUGAGUGCUGGACGACACAUGGGAACCUGCUUAGGGUGGUCCUGGAGUCAGUUUCGGGGAGUCUGUCAGCUAGACCUGUACACAGCUGACAGGAUCCAGGCCACUGCUCUCGACUGAGGGCAGAGGGCACUUGCUGAUAGGGUUGAGGACUGGGCUUCUCUGGUGGGCAUCCGCCAACUCCAGUGUCUCCGGGAGCCUUCACACCGAAUGUGAUUUUUUAAAAUUAUUAAAGAUUUAAUUUUCCAGUA